GCUGGCUUUGCGGAGAAGUGGCGGAAUUUGCGCGCAGGAGCAGUGGCCAGCAGCGGCCACAGCGGCGCUGACGAGACGGGAGCAAAGAGAGGGAGCAAACUUUUUUUUUUGGUAGCGUGGUCGGUGUGGUAGUGGAGCCAGUGGACUUUCAGCACUCGGGAAACCCAAGAAGGAGGAUGAUACGCCGAUCCAUAGCCUCCGAUCAUGCCGAUGACACCGAGUGCAAAUCGCAGGAUGGAGAUGCGGAAUGCGGCCGGUGAAGAUAUCGGAAGUUUCUAGGGCGCCCGUAGUGCUCUGGUACGUUGUCUGGUACACUGGUGCCUCGUGUCACCAUUUCUCCGGCGUACCUUGUGUGUGAUCAAGCCGUACUCUGAAAUGUCGACUAACGAACGACCCUCGGAUCUUCCUUGGACGCUUCUUUCGCUCAGCGAGGCCCGCGAUACAGUGCGGCGAUAGGGGCGCGCGGAAAAAGAUGGACAUCUGCAGGGAGAGCGACGACCUGGAGCCGAGCUCCAUCCCCCUGUGCAGCGUGAUCGAGGACCGGCUCUUCCUCGGAGGCCGAGACGCGGCCGAAGACGACCCCACCGUCAGAGCUCUUGGCAUCACGCACAUCCUGACCGCGGACAUCUUUCCGCUGGAACUGGAGGGCAGCAAGAGCAACUUGCAACUGCUCUUCCUACAAGUGGACGACAGACCGGAGGAGGAUCUGCUCAGCCACUUUGAGAGAGCUUGCAAAUUCAUCGACCAAGGCUGCAGAAACGGCGGCUGUCUUGUGCACUGUUACUUCGGGGUUUCGAGGAGCGCCACCCUGGUCAUCGCGUAUAUCAUGCAAAAAUACCGCCUAGACUACACCACGGCGUUCGAGAGGGUGCGAGAGAAGAGAACCUGCAUUGGACCGAACCAGGGAUUCAUCUUUCAGCUAAACCUUUUUCACACAAUGGACUACAAGCUCGACAAAGGCAACAUACAGUACCGACUUUACCUCUUGGAUAAGUUGGCCACCGUUGCAAAAAGAGGUUCUCUGACGUGCUUGGAACAAACUCUGUACCCCCUCCUAUUAGCUGGCGCAUUCUCCGCCGUGCCGGAUGAGCUGAAAACUUUGUGGAGCGUAGAUGAUGAGGCGGGAGGAGAGCAUCUCAAGUGCAGGAAAUGCAGGCUGGCACUGUUCCCCACGAGCAAAAUCGUGCCCCACAUCCCGGACGAAAGUGUCCCCUGGUGGGACCCCCGAUGGAAGGAGCCCCCAGGCCAGCUCUGCUCAAGCAGCUUUUUCGUGGAGCCCACAGGGUGGCUCUUCCAUCAGGCACAGAGUCUUCAGGGAAAGGUGUUAUGCCCCAAGUGCAAGAGCAAGGUUGGAAACUACAACUGGGCAGGGCUCUACUGCGAGUGCGGAGCUUGCGUCCAGCCCGGCUUCCACAUCACACCUGGCAGGGUCGACCGCACCCUCUCCACUUCAAAACCAGUGUCUCCCAGCGCAGACGUGGCACAGAGCGACGACAGCAAUUCCUAGUCUGUGUUUGCACCUGUGAUUGUCACAAAGUCAGACUACGGGGUGUAGUGAACGGCGCCCAUGUUGUUAGGGCGAGUGUUAUGGUGAGCGAAAGAAUAGCCACGUCUUAGCUGGCUACAUGAGGGGGGGGAAGUCAGCCCAAUAGACUGAAAUCUGUGUCUAAGUGUGGUUAUUUGAAGACGAAGGAGCUGCUUUAAAUAUGUGUACCGACUGUCAUGUCCAAGAUUCUUGCCUCCCUGGGUCGAAACCAGUCUUUCACCCCUUUCAUUUGUCACGAGCACUCUUUUGCACCAUAGGUUUGCAAUAAGCGGGGAAUGAGCGGCCGGACACGACAAAUUAAAGGCACGCUUGAAAUGUUCUUGUUCUCUGUCACAAUUGUUGGAAAGGUGCCCAGAAGUCAUCAAGGUUCUUGCAUGUUUUCUCAGUUUUCGUUCAAGUUCGGGUCAGCUAAACAUUUUAGUAACUCAAUUUGAGAUAAUACUCGCAAACCUAACACUGCUCAAAUUGGGAAUUGCUUUAAAUGCAAAGUUGGCUCAGGCUUCUGUGAAGAAUGGCUCAAUGAAAGCAUGCAGUUCAGAGCUGUAAAAAUCACUCUUGAAACUAAAUGGGUUGCAGUUUGUUCUCCCAAAAAGUAAUGGAGCGGCCUUCCGGUUACUGCUCAAAUGUCCCAUUCUGCAACUGGUAACCAACAGUUCGGUUUCCAGCAUUGAGAAGAGAUCUACAGUUUUGUCUGGAUUUAGCACUCUGCUGAUGACAGAGUUUUGAGGCAAUGACAACGUAUGCCGCCAAUGUCGAGUCAAAGUGAAGUUUUGUAUUUGUCAGCAGUUUGAAAAACGGCAUUUGAGCCGCAGUUACUCCAAAAAUUAAUAAACCUGCAGUUACUGAAAUAUUGUAACUUAGAAAAAAUUUAAUUACAGUAACUCUGAAUUAGUUACUUUACAGGCUUGGAUGCACCCCAACCCACCGAGAACAUCUUUUUUAGCAAAUUGCUCCUCUAACUGGUGCCUGUGGAAAAGUAAUCAAAUCUAGUACAAAGCUUACAAAGUGUUGCCUAUAAUUAUUACUAACAGAUGCAUUUGAUGCAACGGAGAGCUUGCACUAUGUGGUAAUUACAAGUUGUCUCAAAGCUUCCAAGCGAGCCAGUCUGGAGCAAGUCGUGGAGUGACAGCUUAGCAAACCAGUACUCCCCAUCCAGUCUUCAGACACAUAGUGCUCCAUGCCGAGAAUCAGGUACUGGAGUAAAUUUCUAUAGCAAUAGUCAUCCCAAGGACAAGCAUAGAUAUGUUUAGAAAGCUCAUCCUGCCCAAAUGCUUGUUGGUUUUCAUACACGUAAAAUGCCGAGCAAUUGCCCACCCAAAAGUUAAUUGCUGUAAAAAAAUCUGGGAUGGGUGCUGGUUAGGUUUGAGCGGAAAAGCAGGUUACACGUUGUAGGGUGGGCCCUUGCUUGGUCCGGUGGAAUUUCUGAUAUUUAAAAUGUCAAGCUUCUCCGCUUUGCACCAGUGCAUGCCCAUAAAGCUUCACCACAUUGCACCUGCAGUGUGCUGAAGCUAAAGCAGAUAAUGCAAAGGAGCACCUCAGUGGGCCCAAAAGGUUUGCUGGGGUGGGCACUUGACACCACCUUUGCAUAUAUAUUUUGAAAGUAGGGGUGUGCGCUUGAGAUGUGGGCACAUGCUCGGUAGUGUACAGUAUAUGCUCGGUAGUGUACAGUAUAUGCUCGGUAGUGUACAGUGUACAGUAUAUGGAACUCCAGCAGUACGGUUGAGUUUUGUUGCUGAAUUUUUGUCGCCGUAGGCUUGCCCACAAUGCAAAAGUAUGAACUUACCAAAAGACCUUCCAAGCGUCUUUGAAUGUCUGAAAGACUGCAUCCCAAUGUGUCGUUUUGUCUUUUGGCCUCUAAUAAAGCCCCCUCCAACGUGGAUUGCCAUCGCAACGUCCGAGAUAGCCUAUAACGACUCCAGACAGAUUGCUUGAAUAAAUGAAAUUGUUACACAUGUU